CCAAAAGAGUUUAUCAUUCUCACAUGUUUACUAAUUCCUUUUCUUUGUGUUAGCUUUUCAUUUUUCCUAUCCUUUCUCCUCCUGCAUUUUUCUGUCAAAUUUCAUUAGGGCAUAGGAAUUAUCAGUUUUCAGUUUUUUUUUUUUUUUUUUUUUUGUAACAGAAAAGAAAGGUUGUUUAAGCUCAAAAUUUUAUUAAUUCAACCAAACAAUUUUCCGUUUGAUUCAUUUUCUCUGAGAUUUCAUAUACAAAUAUAAAUAAUCCCAUUUCCUUAAUUUUAUACUGUAUUUAGUUGGGGCGACGAAGAGAGAAAUAAGGGGAACAGAGAUAUGUAAAUUACUUACCUGUUUGGGAAGAAGCGAAGGAAGUGUAAAUAAAGGGGAGGAGGGAAAGGCUUACUUUCUUUCCCCUUGAAUGCUAAAUUUAUUUUCUUUCCCCUUAAAUGCUAAAUUUUCUGUAGAAGUGAGUUAGUUCCUUAAAAUUUGAUAUAGAUUACCUAUCCAUUAGUUUACUUUCUAAACAUGUAAGUUUCCUUCUUUUUUUUUUUUUUUUCUUUAAUCUUUCCUCAUCUUUCUAUUAAUUACCAUUCUCUCAUUUCAUUGAGAAGGAGUUUUUAAAUAUAUAUGUAUAUAUGCUAUUCAAAAUAAUAAUUUUCAUGAUUUAAUACGUCAAAUUUUCCUAAUUUUCUCAAAUUUUUUUAUUUUUUAAAGGAAAAUUCUGAUUUGUUAUAUACUAUUAAAUUUUUAAAGAGUAUGAAAUUAUUGUAUUUCGUGGCAUCUCCAUUUCUUUUAUUGUAAAGUGCUUGAUAUUGUUAAGGUUUGACUUUUGUUAUUGUUUGAGCUUUCAUUUUAAAAAAAUAUUAUUUUAAUAUAUUAAUUAAAUUAUGAAAAAUAUUUAUAAAUUAAACUUAAUGAAUUUUAAUUAUAAAAAUACAAAAAUAAUUAAAUAAUUAUUUUAAUAAUAUCUGAAAUAUUAUUUCCCUCCCCCAAAAAAAACAGAUUGAAGCGUCAAUCUCAAACCAUCCCUAAACCGUUAGUUCAAUAAUGAUAAGUGCAAAAUUCUUAAGGAAGCAUGUGACUCUCUACAUUUUCUCUACAUUUAAAAAUGAGAAAAAUUUUUUUUAUCUGGUUACGGAGGAAAGAAGAGAAAUUACUCUUUAAUUUACAUAUUGACGAGCAUCUUACGGCUUAAAAGUGUGUGUUUCUAAGACAGAAGAAGUCCACGCUUCUGGCUGGAAAAAAGUCUAAAACUUGGACUGGUAAAAAUGAGAAUUGUGAUCUUUCUGCCUAAACUUCUCUUGUUUUCAUAGAACUUUUUGUUUUCUCCCCACCUCAAUCCCAGCUUGUUCUCAUAGAUUGUAACUAGUGAUUCACUGUCAUUCUGUAAUGGAAACUGUGACUGCUGUUGGUGGUGCUAUCCUUACUGCUUAUUUGCAAGGUCUGUUUGACAAGUUGGCCUCCCAUGACUUUCUCAAGUAUGCAUGCCAGGAGAAAGUCCUCGCUGAAGUAGAAAAGUGGGAGAGUAUGCUGAAGAAAAUCUAUGCUGUGCUUGAUGAUGCAGAGGAGAAGCAGUUGACUAAUCGGUUGGUCAAAAUCUGGGUUAGCGAGCUAAGAGACUUGGCUUAUGAUGUGGAGGAUGUACUUGAUGAGUUUGCUACUGAGGCUUUGCGACGGAGGUUGGUGGUAAAGCCUCUAGCUAUUACAAGUAAGGUGCAGAAAUCCAUAACAACUUGUUUUGUUGGAGUAAAUCCAAGAACUUUGAAGCUCAACGCUAAGAUGCUUUCCAAGAUGGAGGAAAUUACAACCAGAUUAGAAAAUAUCACAGCAGGAAAACAUGACUUGGAUCUACGAGAGACGACUGGAAGAAGCAGCAACUGUGUGAGAGAAAGACAGCCCUCAACAUCUUUGGUAAAUGAAGCUAAGGUUUAUGGAAGAGAACCAGAUCAGAAGGCAAUACUUCUACUAUUGAAGAAUAAAGUAAGUAGUGCAGAAAUCUGUGUUAUUCCUAUAAUUGGUAUGGGAGGGAUAGGCAAGACAACUCUUGCUCAACUCAUUUUUAAUGAUGCUACGUUACACUUUGAUUUUAAAUCUUGGGUGUCUGUGGGUGAGAAUUUUGAUGUUAUUGGAAUGACGAAAACAAUUCUCCAGUCAGAAGAUAGUGAUGCCAAAGAUUUAGAUUCACUUCAAGUAAAAUUGAAGGAGAAAUUAUCUGGAAAGAAAUUUUUGAUCAUCUUAGAUGACGUUUGGAGUGAGAAUUAUGAUGAUUGGACUCUCUUUUGUGGUCCUCUUGAGGCAGGUGCUCCAGGAAGCAGAAUCAUUGUCACAACUCGUAAUCAAGGCGUUUCACUAAUGAUGGGUAAUAUUCCAGCUUAUUCUCUGAAGGAGUUGUCAGAUGAUGAUUGUCUGGCUGUGUUUGCUCAACAUGCUUUGGGAGCAAAAGAUUUUGAUGCACACUCGCAGUUGAAGGAACUAGGGAAGAAAAUUGCUAAAAGGUGUCAAGGAUUGCCUUUGGCUGCUAAAGCCCUUGGAGGCCUCUUAAGAGGUAAGUUAAAUUGCAAUGUGUGGGAAGAAGUGUUGAAUAGCAAGAUAUGGGAUUUACCUCAGGAGAAAAAUAGCGUUCUUCCAGCCUUGCGGCUGAGCUACCAUCAUCUUCCUUCCCACUUGAAACGCUGCUUUGCCUAUUGUUCAAUGUUCCCAAAAGACUACAAAUUUGAUAAGGAAGAGCUAGUUUUACUUUGGAUGGCAGAAGGUUUUCUUCGACAACCAAAUCAAAUGAAGCCAAUUGAGGACUUAGGCCAUGAAUACUUCAAUGAUUUAUUAUCAAGAUCCUUUUUCCAACAGUCUAGCAGCAGUGAUGCACAGUAUGUAAUGCAUGACUUGAUAAGAAACCUUGCUCGAUCCAUCAAUGAGGAAAUUUGCUUUAAUUUGGAUGAUAAGCUAGAUGGUGCAAAACCAAAUCCAAAGGUGCGACAUUCAUCAUUUUCUCGUCAUGUUUGUGAUAUAUCAAAAAGAUUUGAAGUCUUCAAUGAAAUGAAGAGCUUAAGGACAUUCUUGGCAUUGCCAAUCUUGCCAUCAAAUUAUCAACAAUUAAGUAGUAAGGUGUUGCAUGAAUUUGUGCCAAAAUUAAGAUGCUUAACGGUACUAUCAUUGGCUGGUUAUUGUUUUGAUGAGUUGCCAAGUUCUAUUGGUGCCUUGAAGCAUUUGCGGUACCUGAAUCUGUCUCAUAGUGAAAUUACAAUGUUACCUGAAUCAUCUAGUAAGCUCCUCAACUUGCAGACUUUGAAGUUACGUGGGUGCCGGAAACUUAUUAAGUUGCCUACAGGUAUCAGCAAUCUGAUAAACUUGCAGUAUCUUGAUAUUAGUGAAACAGAUAGUUUGGUAGAGAUGCCACCUCAUAUAGGUAAUUUGACAAAUCUCCACUGCCUGCCUAAGUUUAUAGUAGCUAAAGGCCAUGGAGUCAGUAUCAUGGAGUUGAUGAAUUUAUGUCAUUUACAUGGGGAGCUUCGAAUUGCGGGGUUGCAUAAUGUGGCAAACGUUCGAGAUUCAGAGCUUGUCAAUCUAAAGGAGAAGCAGAACAUUGAUGCAUUAACCUUGGAAUGGAUUGGUAACUCCCAUGGUGUGCGGAGUUUAAGGGAUGAACUGCAGGUGCUCCAUUCAUUAAUGCCUCAUCAAAAUCUGCAUAAACUUUCUAUUAAAUACUAUGCUGGAACAGUAUUCCCACUGUGGGUAGGGGAUCCUAAAUUCAUUAAUCUGAUGCAUCUAGAACUCUGCAAUUGUCCAAAUAUCACAUCUCUGCCAGCAGUUGGACAACUUCCCUUACUUCAGAAGUUGAGCAUAGCAGGCAUGGAUCGAGUAAAAGAAGUGGGCAUUGAGUUUUAUGGGAUUAAUUCUUCUUCUGCUAAAGCUUUUCCAUCUCUGGAGACUCUAACUAUAAAGAAUAUGGUGGAGUGGGAACAGUGGUCGAGUGAAGAGCUUCAGCAAACAUUUGUUAAACUGCGUGAACUUAGGAUGAAAAAUUGUCCAAAGUUGGUUGGGAAAUUACCCAGGUCCUUUCCUUCCCUGGAAAAACUUGAUAUUUGUGAUUGCCCACAAUUAGCAGAGCUACCUGAAAUCCUUCCAUCUCUUCGCAAACUGAAUGUUGAAAAAUGUCAAGAGAUGGUUCUCAGAAGUGCACGUGAUCUAGUUUCCCUCACUACCUUAAAAAUUAAGAGAAUUUCAGGUCUUAUAAGUCUACAUGAAGUGCUUAUACAAGCUUUGGUUGCAAUUGAAGAUAUGGAGAUUGUAGGUUGUCACGAGUUAAUGUACUUGUGGCUAGAUGGAAGUAAUGUAAACAAACUUACUAGUAUGAGACGUUUAGGUAUCCAAAACUGUAAGCAGCUUGUAUCAUUGGUAGGGGGAGAGGAAGGGCUUUUGCCUUGCAAUCUUGAAGUGUUGAGCAUUCAAAAGUGUGGGCACCUGAACAAGCUCCCAGAUGGGCUGCACAGCCUCACAUCUCUCAGAUUUCUAAGGAUCUGUAGUUGUCCUAAGCUCGUAUCCUUUCCUGCGACAGGUUUACCCAACUUUCUUAGGCAUUUCAUGAUAAUGGAUUGUAAUUCUUUGGUGUCCUUACCUGAGGGAAUUAUAUGUCAUGGUGAUGGUGCCAAUGAGAUGUCUCAUCUUAAGAAGUUGGCCAUUGAAGGAUGUUCAUCUUGCAUGUCCUUUCCAAUGGGCAAGUUCCCUGAUUCACUUAGAACUCUUACAAUCUGCUUUUGCACAAACCAAUUGUUAGAGUUGCAACAUGAUAAGUUCUUGCAUCUAACUUACUUAGAAAUAAAAGACUGUCAUGAGCUAGAGUUUUUCCCAGAAGGGGGAUUGCCCAUCCCAACUCUUAUCUAUUUUACAAUUUCAAGGUGUGAGAAUUUAAAGUGUCUACCCCGUCAGAUGCAAAACUUGGUGUCUCUUCAAUAUUUGGAGAUAAGUGAUUGUGGAGGUAUGUUGUCCUUUCCAGGAGGAGGUUUUCCACCAAACUUAACUACGCUUCGAAUAAGGGAUUGCAAGAAUUUGAGGCAGCCAAUGUCUGAGUGGGGACUUCAUAAACUCAACUUUCUUAAAAGACUUUCAAUCAAAGGCACAAGUCCGAGUACAGAUGUUGUUUCCUUUCCUGAUGAUGGUCUUUUGCUUCCAACUUCUCUAACCUUGCUUUGGAUAGAUGGACUUCAGAAUCUAAAAUGCAUAUCCAGGGGCCUCCAAAGCCUCACCUCUCUUGAAAGUCUAUGGAUUUGGAAUUGUCCUAAACUCCAUUCCUUACCGAAGGAGGGCCUCUCUGCCACACUUGGAUUCCUAGAAAUCUUAUCCUGUCCUCUUCUUAAACAACGGUGCUUAAAUAGGAAAGGAGACUAUUGGCCUGUCAUUUCUCACAUCCCCUGUGUUACUAUAGAUUCAAAAAGGUCUGGGAUGCCCUUGAACCCAUGGUUUAUGGCACAUUACUUGGUCCAAACUUGGGAUCAUGCUUAAUAGCUUCGCCAUCAGUGUACUUUUGUUUCAACAUGCAGUUAGAACAUGAAGUUUUCUUUUGAAGAUUGGUCCCUCUUGUUUUCCUCGUAAAUUUGUUUGUUCAAGCAGAGUUAUGAGCGUUCCUACUUAGAUGCAUUUUCGCCUUCAAGUGUGGACUUAAAUAAGUAAACUGAACGUUAAAGUUCAUGCUUUGCGCAGAAAAAAUGAUAGUGGAGGAAGAAAAUCUGGCCACGGCUUAAGGAGUUAUCGAAGAGGAAGCUCAAGAAAUCAAGCAAGAUGUGAAUGAAUUUCAAAGAAGCAAACCCCAAGCCCCCAGCCCCCAAUAUGAGUCAUCCAAAGGAAGACUUUAUCAAUCAUCCAUCGUAAAGGACAACUACAAGAGCUCAACUUUGUGCCUAAUUGGGUAAUAUAGCCUUUGUUUCUCAAUAGAACUGAAAGCACAUGUUGACAAUUAAAAUGAUGAAAGCUGGAUUCGACCUUGAUCAAAGAAACAAGGUUUCUACUUCAAUCCUCUAUGUGGUGUUUCGGAUUGCCUUGAUGAAGAAUUGAUAGGACAUCGGGACUUCUCAAAUUUGUAUGCUGUCAUUGCGAUACUUGGAUAUAUUGCUUCACUUUUGGAACCUGUAAGGAAGCUUCUGCUGAACAAAUUUACUUUGAAAUCCUACAAAAUGGAAUCUUGUGCCAGAGGACAAGACGGAGAAAGCAGUGGAAGUUAUAUCCAAUACUUGCUGAGACAUUGAGGCUGUGAAGAUCACUUGUGAGACUUAUAUGAGGUUGCAGGUUUGGGUCUGGAACCGCUUCUCAAGAGUAGAAAUGUAUAGUAAAAAAAGGGCAGAGAAAAGGCCAACGGCUAGCAGUGGCCACAGGCCAAGUGACAACUGGAAGGGUCAUUGGUUCCUACCUCAGAAUCGGCACCAAAUUGGGACCCCCACAGUCAAGGAUCCUCCCUUCAAAUCUGAACCGGACUGGAACUUGUAAUGGCAGAAAAUUUCAUCAUAUUCCUCACAUUCAUCCUGUUGUGUACUUGCAACUUGAUCACAUGUCUUCCCUGAUCUUCAGUGUUGAGGAAUUUCUUUAAGGCGAUUGGCCAUUUGAGCCAAAUAAUAGGUGCAGAAGUAGAUACACGUUCCGUGGAUUUGUAUAAACUUCAUGAUUAAUUGAAAGAGAAAUUUAGCUGUGUGAAACGAAUUCUUCUUGACUUGUGGGAAAUGUUAAAGAUGCUCUAACCCUUCAUUUUUUUUUAUUUGGUAUAAAUUAAAAAUUUUGGUGAGUAAUAAUAGUCACUAAUGAAAUUUGUUGUUCG